UUUUUUUAGCAGUAAAGACAAAGUUAAAGUUAUAUUAAAUAAAAAAGUAGUGAAAAUGAAAGGCACCUUGCGAAGUUUAGAAACUGGAAAAUAUUUUACCUUAAAUCCUUUUAGAACAAAACUUGGUAAAGAAAAUUGUGACUUAAACUUUAAAAGUUUUGCUAUUGAAUCUGAACAUGCAGUCAUUCAAUAUGACUGUCACCUCCAAUGCUACUUUAUUGAAGACCUUAAUACUUCAUAUGGUACAUAUGUAAAUGACUGCCGUGUUCAAAAUGCUGCUGUUCGGUUAGCACAUGGAGAUAUUAUAAGAUUAGGACAAGGUGGUCCUCGAUUUGAAGUUCGUUACUCAGCUACAACAUGGGAUUGUCCAUUAAGUCAAUCUUUAAAUCAAUCAUCUCAUUCUGCUCAUACUCCUAAACCACCUUCAAAUUCUCGUCCACUAACAGCUCAUCCUGGUCAAAGUAAUUCUAAAUAUUUGUCGCAUUCUACACAUGUGUUUAGCCAAGAUGAUUUAAAUAAUGACAUAACGGCCAUUUCUAAAAUGCAUGAACAGUUAGAUUUGUUAAAUAAUGAUUUACAUGAUCAAAUGGCUUAUAAAAUUGAUAAUAUGCAGAAUGAAAAUAUGGUAGAUGCAUUGCGAAAUGAAGUGACUGCCAUUCGCAGAGAUAAACUUGGUUUGAAAUACAAAGGUGUUCGAUAUCUUCAUAAUGAUCAUGUACUUGGUUUAUUUCAAUCUCGAAUUGCUCAACAAAGUUAUCGAAAUAGAUUACUUAAUAAAAACAUUACAAAAUCAAAACCUGCUCCUGAUAAUAAAUUUGAUCUUCAAUUUGAAGAAAGGAAAAAAUUAGGGAGUCAUGAAGAUGAAGUUGGAGAGACAGAAGUUGGUCUAACUUCAACAGUAAAUGAAAAACACCAGUUAAACACUGAGAUAAGCUUGCUAAAGAAAGAUAUUGCUUUAAAAGAUUUAAUGCUUCAAAAGCUUGAAUGGAAAGCUGACAGUUACCUCAAUGAAUUGAAAAACAAAGAACAUGAAAUAUCACUUUUAAAGAAAUCUGUUCAUAGCGAAAAAUCAAACCUUGCAUUUGAGGAAAUGAAAAAUAGAAUAGGCUUUCAGGAAGAUCGAAUUGUAGAACUUGAAAAUGAUUUGAACUUAAGUAUUCAUGAAAAGGAUAAGCUAGUUGAUGAUGUUAGUCUGUUGAAAAAGGACAUUGCUGCAAAAGAUUUAAUGCUCCAAAAAGAAAAGAAGAGAGUGCAGUUAUAUUUGAAUGAUUUGAAAAAUAAAGAGUUAGAGAUUGCAGAUCUUUCAUUAAAGGAGCCUGUCUAUGGUGAAAGAUCAAGUUUUCUAUAUGACGAGCUAAAAAACAAAAUAAGUUACCUUGAAGACCGAACUUUAGAGCUUGAGAAUGACCUACACUCCAGCUUUCAAGAAAAACGUCAGUUAAGUGAUGAUGUAAGUUUGUUAAAAAAAGAUGUUGCUUCAAAAGAUUUGGUGAUUCAAAAAAUUGAAAGAAAAGCUGAAAAAUACCUAAAAGAAUUGAAAAACAAAGAACAAGAAAUUGCAUCGCUGUCUUCAAAGAUAAAUAAACAAGGCAAGUUAAAAGAAAUGGAGAAUGAAGUAAAAAAAAAAGAAGAAGAAGUAGCAACACUUAAACAUAAAGUUAGCUUGCUUAACCGUGCUUUAAAAGACAAAGAUUCAACAUUGAAAAGUUGUCAACAAAGUUUAUCAGAAGCAAAUGAUAAUAUACAACAUUUAGAAAAAAUUAAUAUGAAAGAUGAUGUUUUUCAAAAAGUUAGCAAGUUGGCUGUUGCGGAUGGAAAAAAGUAUUACUCAAUUUCCGAUGUAGAUAGCAUCUGUAAUUUUAUAAGUGAUAUUCAACAUGAUCGGGAUCAUUUUAAAACCCAGUUGAAACAAAUCUCACAAGAAAAGGUGAAUUUAGAAAAAUGUUAUGCUAGUUAUGAACAAGUUGAGGUAUUGAAAGAAUCGUUGUCUCAUAUUGAACGUAGGCUCGGUGAAAAUGGAAGGUUUUGUAAAAAUCUACUUAAAGAACAUGAUUGGCUUAAAGGUAUUGAUGUCCCUGACCAGUUGAAAUGGAUCAAGGAUCAUUUUGUUUCAUUACUUGCUUCAGAGUAUGCAUGGGAGCGAGAUAUUGAACACUCUUUAGAGAUUAUUGGUGAAGAAAAGUUAAGUGUGGAUCCUUCUGUUUAUAUAACGAAUCUUAAACACAAAAUAAAUGAUCAGAGAAAUAAAAUAAUCGAGCUUGAAGAAAGAUUGAAUGAUACUUCUGAUUUAUAUGUUAAUAUUAAAAAAAAAAUGAGUGAAAAAUACAAGAAAGAUACUGAAAAAGCAUUGAAAGAUUUAAAAGAAAGUGAAGAAAGAAAAUUUGAAAAUGAGCGUCGACGAUUAAAACAACAAGAAGCUGAGCAUGUCACAGAAGCUUUAAAAACUCAACGAGAUUCAUAUGAAAAAAGAAAUGAAGAUAUGGCAUUGGUAGCAAAAAAAAUAAAUCGACUCAAAGAAAAGCACAGAUUUGCUCAAGAAGAGUUUGCUGUUCUUCAAAACGAGCUUAAUCAGUCAAAAAGCAAUGAGGAAUCUCUAAAGCAGUCUUUGAAGGAUACUGAAGCAUCGCUGAGCAAUCUAAAAGAAAUCUUGAAGAAAAAGUAUUAUAACAAAUAUGAAAGUGAAUUAGUGAAAUUGAAUUCAGAGAUAAAAGAAUAUGUGAUGAGGAUCCAGCAGUUAGAAGACAAAAUCGAUGCUUUAAGCAAAGAGAAGAAUGAUUUAGAGUUAGCUGUUAUGAAGCAUUCAAAAAAAGAAAAGAAACACAAACAAGACAGCAGAAACAGUGUCAUUUAUCAACAAGAGAUUUUAGAUUUAACCAAUCAAAAUAAUGAGCUGAGGCAAAGAUUGUUGAAAUCAGAAAAAGAAUGCCAAGAACACAAAGAACUGGCCAAAACAUUAAACAACGAUUUAAAUGGUGUUUCUGCACGAAUUUUACACAUGAAAGGUGAAUUAUCUGAAGAGCAAAAACAUACCAUUGAAGAUCUUCAGAAUGAAAUCCUAAGUCAAAACAAACAACUCGAUGAACAUCGAAAACAGCUUUUAGAACUGUCAACAGUAGCUAAAUUACAAAAAAAAAAGUUGAUUGAACAAGAUACACAAAUCGUUAAGCAAAGCAAAAUUCUUGCACUUCAAGCCGAACACAUGCGGGAAAUAAAUAAGCCACCUGUUUCUUUAGUAACAGAAGGUAUAAGUACGCAAAAGAUAAAUAUUGCUGAACGAUGUCUGAGUGAAAAUCACGACCAAGUUAUCCAACAACAAAAACGCGCGAUUGCAGAUUUACGAAAAGCAAUCAAGACUUAUGAACAUCUUCAACCAAAAUCUGAAUCCGAGUCAUUGAUAUCAAAAAUACGUUCGUUGGAUUCGAAAAAAACGCAACCUUCGCAACUCGUAAGCGCACGCAUUAAAGCCCAUUUCGAUACAGAAAUUUAUUGAUAAUUCUUUUUGUAUUUAUUUAUAAAAAAAAAAAAUAGGUUUCUUAAUACUUAAAUAUAGAAAUUUUGGUUUAAAUUAUAAAAAAAGUUGCAAAUUUUUAAAUGAGAAACAAAUUUUAAUGAAUCCAAAAAAUGAUAUUCAAUAUGAAGGUUGAUUAAUUUUUUUCUUUUACG